AUGUCGCUCAGGCGCUCAGCGAGGCUAGGAUCCAUACCAGCAAUCAAGGCACCGCCGACAACAUCGAGUAAAGCUAGAGUUCAACACAGCGCAGUGACGAAACCUCGCAAAGCAGUGAAACCUAAGAAACCACAGUCAAAACCAGAAGCAUCGUACUGGUCUCCGGAACCAGCCAAAGCAGAUCAAGACACAGAUCAAAAGCCCUUGCUCACUAACCCUCAGCUCAGACCAUCGACGCCUCCUCCCCUCGACCGUCCCGUGGAUCCCCACCGAACAAACGCAACCCUUUUGACCCCUCACGGAUCAACGGUGAACGCCUACCCGGCCCAUGUGGAAGAUGCCUCGCCCAGCAAGACAGGUCUUCCACGGCCCCACGCUACAACGGGCACGCUGCUUGAGCAAGCAACGGCGCACUUGAUCGCAACAGACCCUCGCUUGGCGACUGUGAUAUCACAGCACCCAUGUCCGCUUUUCUCGCCUGCCGGUCUGGCGGAGGAAAUUGACCCCUUCAACAGUCUGACCAGCAGUAUCAUUGGACAGCAAGUCUCCGGUGCCGCAGCAAAGUCUAUCCGCAACAAGUUCCUUACAUUGUUUGAUUUACCGGAUGGUGUUGCGCCAGAUGGACAUCGUCAUGACAAGUUUCCAACUCCUGAUCAAGUUGCGAAGUGCGAUAUUCCAACAUUGCGCACGGCGGGUCUAUCGCAACGCAAAGCAGAGUAUAUUCAGGGUCUUGCAGAGAAAUUCGCGAACGGAGAGCUGGGGGCGAGGAUGUUGGCCAGAGCAACUGAUGAAGAGCUCGUUGAAAAGCUGAUCGCUGUAAGGGGCUUGGGGAAGUGGUCUGUGGAGAUGUUCGCUAUGUUCGCACUAAAACGCACCGACGUAUUUUCUACGGGUGAUUUGGGUGUACAGCGAGGUUGCGCGGCCUUUGUUGGCCGUGAUGUGAGCAAACUCAAGGGUAAAGGAGGUGGUAAGUUCAAAUACAUGGCCGAGAAGGACAUGGUGGAGCUUGCUGCCAAGUUCUCGCCGUAUCGGAGUUUAUUCAUGUGGUACAUGUGGAGGAUUGAGAACGUCGAUGUGGCUGUUCUCGGUGGAUAA